AUGGCGGACCAACAGCAGCCCCAGCAGCAAGAGAUGAACGCUGUUCGAGCCGGCAGCCUUGACCUGCCUCCAGGGUUCUGCUUCCACCCAACUGACGAUGAGAUUGUCAGCCACUACCUGAUGAACAAGGUGCGCAACACGGACUACACCUGCAUCGCCAUCGGAGAGGUCGACCUAAACAAGACUGAGCCAUGGGACCUCCCGGAUGAAGCAAAAUGGGGAGAGAAAGAGUGGUACUUCUUCUACUAG